AUGAGAGUCCUCCCCUCCAAAGGGUCUAUAAAGGCCACCAUCAUGCCCAGUGAUGACCAAGAGAAGCUCUGCAGCUGGCAGAAGCUCUCACUUGAGAAGGAGGAUCCCUGGAGCUUCCUAUGUGAAGAAGAGGCUGAGUUUGACACAGAAUCGUUCGACGGCUCUGUCCGGGCGAGGAUAGUGACGGACCGGGAGACGGGAUCUUCCAAAGGGUUUGGCUUCGUAGACUUCAACAGUGAGGAGGACGCCAAAGCCGCCAAGGAGGCCAUGGAGGAUGGGGAGAUUGAUGGCAACAAAGUCACUUUGGACUGGGCCAAGCCGAAGGGUGAAGGUGGCUUUGGGGGCCGUGGCGGAGGCAGAGGCGGCUUUGGAGGCCGAGGUGGUGGCAGAGGAGGCCGUGGCGGAUUUGGUGGCCGAGGCCGGGGAGGCUUCGGAGGGAGAGGAGGGUUCCGAGGCGGCAGAGGAGGAGGCGGAGACCACAAGCCACAAGGAAAGAAGACGAAGUUUGAAUAA